UCAUGUCCCCCCGUUCUCCCACUACGCGUCUUCCUCACAGCAUUUCCCUUCGGCCCCUCCUCAAUCAGCCAGUGAGGCAGGGGAGGGCAGUGGGGAUGUGGGGACAGAGGAGAGGGGGGGGAGGGAAGUUAAGCGAGGAAACGAGGUGGAGUUGCAAAGGAGGUUGGACGAGGCCGAAAGGAGGGCUGAGGAAUGGAAGGAAGCCCUAGAGGCGGUUCUAGUGCAGGCAGAGCAGAGGAGGAAAGCAGUGGAGGGGAAUGCAGGGGAGGGGAAUGCAGGGUCCAGUGAAACGGGAGCGUUGAGCCGAGAGCAAUGGAUGAGGGCAGAGGACGAGCAGAAGAGGGGAGAGGGAGUGGAGGAGAGGACAGGAGAGGAGGAGUGGGGGGGGGAGGAGGGGAGGAGGAUGAGGGCGCAGCAGGGGGUGGUGAGGGGGCUGGAGGAGAAGGUGAGGGAGAUGGGGAUGAUUGCGAGCCUGUACAUGCGGAUGAUGAAAGAGGCCGAGGCAGCAGCCAAGGACGCGAGGGCUGACGCGGAAAUGCUGAGGGAGAGGCUUAAGGAGGCGGGGAGUAAGGGGAGUGUGGCUGGGGUGAUGAAACAGGCCGAGGCAGCAGCUAAGGACGCGAGGGCUGAAGCAGUGGUGCUAAGGGAGAGGCUUGAGGAGGCGGAGAGGAAGGGAGAGGUGAUUGCGGUUGUGAGAGAGGUUGUGGCAACAUCCAAGGAUGCGAGACCUGAAACGGGGAUGAUGAGGGAGAGGCUGAAAGCGGCGGAGAAGAAGGGAGAGGAGUCUGGUGCGGUGGAAGUGGUAGAGGCAGGAGGUAAGGAGGCGAGGGGUGGACCGGAGGUACUGAGGGAGAGACUUACACGUGCGGAGGGUAAGGGGGAGCUGAGUGGGACGCUGAAAGGGGUUGAGGCAGCAGUUAUUGAGGCGAGGGCUGAAGCAGAGGUGCUGAGGGUUAAGGAGGCGGGGGGUAGGGUAGAGGUGAGUGGGACGAUGAGAGGGGAAGAGGCAGCAGCAGCGGAAGUGAGAGAUGAAGCAGAGGUGUUGAGGGAACGGAGGGGGGACGCACCUGUGGAGGAGGAGGGGCGUGUGGGGGAGGUGGUGGGUUUCAACAGCACGGAUGGGAAGGGCGACGAUGGGAAGGGCGACGAUGGGAAGGGCGUCGAUGGGAAGCGCGACGAUGGGAAGGCAAUGCGGGGUGCGGGAGACGAGGCAGGGGAGGAGGAAGAAGGGUGCUCACACGAGCAGAAGGAGGGGAGCAAGGAAGGCAAGGAGGGAACGUGCAAAGAGGAGGGGGGGUUUCGGGAGCAGCAUGAGGCUGAUGAAGGCACUUCAACACACGCCCGUGAUAGCACCGAUGUUGUCACGACACGUGCAGGAAGGAGGUCUGAAGACGAUGUGGAAUCUGAUUCGUCAAGAUGUGUGCAGGAGAUGGCGAGAGCUGAAUGCAUAGAAGCGGCAACGGUUGGUGGUACGAGCAUGGGAGGUGAAGGACAGGAUGUGAUCAAUGUGCAUCACGACAUUUGGAGAGUGCGUGAGGUGGAGAGCUUGGACUCAUGGGAGGAAGAUGACUGAUGCUCAUCUGGUGCAUUUGAAAUUGUUGGGCCGGUUGGGGGCUUGCUUUAAGUUGCUCUUGUACAGAGGGACGAUGAAUACAGUGGGCGUCUACUUGUCAUGCGUUGGAUGAUGACUCACAAUACUAAGGAAUGUCACAAGAGUCUGUUCUCCUGCCUAAUGGG